GGAUUUAAUGUCUAGCAAGAGACAAAACUAAAAAGAGAAAUAAAGGAUUAUGCCAACAAUAUAAGAGCAUAAUGAUCGUACAAUUAUUUAAAUUGAUAGUGGUAGCUGAAAUUCCUAAACUGCUUACUAGUGAAGGUACUUUAAAAAGUCAUUUUAGUUGGGGAGAAUCAGAAACAAUUUCAAAGUGAUUUCUAGAGGGAGCUUAAUGAGUAUUAAAAUUAAGAAGUAAAUUAUAAUAAUUUAUCGGAAGAAAGAACUCAACUACGAUUAAAUUGAACAAUUUGCAUAAAAUACGAACAACAAUAUGAUCGAUAGCAAUUAUCCACAAAAAUUGAUAGAUUUUAUUCAUUAAUAAGAUUGUAAAAAGAUGUAAAAGUAGAGUAUUUAAUCGAAACAAACAAAUGAUUUUCAAUAAUUGCAGGAGAUCCCAAAUCAAAACUAAUUAGAAAGGAGAAACUAGCAAAAGCAAUCUAAAGAGAUUAAACCGUAAAGUACAUUAAAUGAGGAGAUCAAGAUUUUUGAAGAAAGAAUUGUGAAAUACACAUCUGAAGUCAAUCAAGAGAUAAAGUUGAGUCCUAAGCUUUCAGAAGAAUGGAAGAAGAAGUUUACCUUCAUGAAAAAAAAGAAAUGA